AUGAAUAGCGAACUCUUGAGUAAGGAAUCAACAUUAUUUUGUACUUUUGUGAUUGCUUAGCUCAUUUCAAAGAGUCCCAGAUUAAUCAAAAGAUAAUUAAAUUACUGUUUUCUUGGACAAACAUUAUUAUUUUUUUAUUGGAAAUAAGGCACAUGGGAGAUUCUAUUUGUAAUUAUAUAUUUUGAAAGGAUAGAUGUUUAUUAGCUAUUUCUGUCUUUCUUGUGAGUUUAUAUCUUAUAAAGUGUUGAAAUGAGUAAAGGAUGAGAUUCCGCAUAUUCAGGUCUUGAAUAUGUAACUUUCUGAGAAACAAAAUAGAGUUGAGUCGGAAAAAUAAUUUCCAUAAUAGUAGCCAGUGAUUCCAUCGAUCAUAAAAGCAAUUCCAGAAUGA